AUGUCCGCCGCCGUCAAGGGUGCCCAGAUCUACUUUGGUCCAUUCCUCGUCACCUCCCAGGUCUUCCACAUCACGCCGCUCUCCUUCGCCCUCGUAAACCUCAAACCCAUCCUCCCGGGCCACGUCCUCGUCUCCCCGCGCCGGCGCGUCCCCCGCGUCGCGGACCUGACCGCCGCCGAAACGGCCGAUCUCUUCCUCACCGUGCAGCGUGUCGGCCGGAUGGUCGAGCGCGUGUACGGCGCGUCGAGUCUCAAUAUCGCUGUUCAGGACGGGCCGGAGGCGGGCCAGAGCGUGGCGCAUGUGCAUACGCACAUCAUCCCGCGUAAACGGGCGGAUCUGGACCUGUCUCUUAUACCACUCUGA